GAAUGGCCUUCAGGGCACAGGCGCGAGGGUGGCGGGCCGGGCCCUGGCUGGCCCUGAGCAGGGCACGCGCACUGGGCACCCGAGCCGCUCCGGCCCCCAGGGCGGUGCUGCCCUUCGAAGCCGUGCCCCGCUGUCCCGGCAACAAGUGGAUGCGGGUGCUGCAGAUCUGGAGGCAGCAGGGCUCUGAGAGCCUCCACCUGGAGAUGCACCGCACCUUCCAGGAGCUGGGGCCCAUUUUCAGGCCCAGGCACCGCGGGAAAUGAUGAUCCUCCUUGCUUUGCUCCUGCUCGUGGACCUGCUGAGGGUGGAGACAAAUGUCACCGUGUCAGGAACACAGGCACCCCGUGGUCCCCGCGGUGUCCCCUCACACUGUCUUCCUGGGAGCCAUCGGGGGAGCCAAGCCCACCUGGUCCUUCUGGGACCCUCCAGCGUUGUCUCGGAGGACUGGCACCGCCGCGAGAGGUUGACCGGCUCUCUCCUGGGAGUGGGCCUGCUGAGGUGUCAUGUUUGUGAGAAGGAGCAUAGUUUCAAAUGCCAGAAUCCAACAGAAUGUCCGGAGGGAAUACACUUGUGUGCCUCUAUUGCCCUGAGAAUGUUUGCCCGAUACUACUAUGUGUCGAAGCAGUGUGUUCGUUAUUGCCCAAUGAGUUCAUCGAAUCCUGCCAAAGAAAGGUCAUUCGUUCUUCUGAAGCCCACACCGUUCCUCUACGUGAGAUGCUGCGUGAGGGCCUUGUGUAAUACUGACUCUCCAGAGCUCAAUGAGACCGAAGCAAAUUAUUACAGAGAAAGCAGGAGCGCAAGCAACGUGAGGAGCAGCAGUGCCUGGCUGGUGCCCCUCCUCAUGCUGUCCCCGGGGCUCGUGGGCCUCAGGUUGCCGUGACCCACAGAGCAUGGCUCGGGCCCACCUUCUGCAGGUGGCACAGAUGACGUGGACUCGCUGCUCAUGCUUGGAACCUGUGGCAUUAAACUUGUUUUCCGCCCACUGACUCACCGUCUGCCUCUGAGGGGCCUUAGGACGGGAGGCGGGGCCCACACCCAGUUGGCCAGAGCCCACAGCCUGCCUUGGGCCCCCAUGCCCCGGCUCCGGCCCCAGGACCAAAAGCGCUCAUUGGUGGGACGAGCCAGCUUAAGGUUAGUGUCGGGGUCUCCUGCACCCAGCCUGAGGCCAGGGGGAGAGCAGUCCAAGAAGGCCUGUGGGUCGAUGGGAUGACGCGCUCCGCUCCUUCCUGCCCUGGUCCUCGUAGAGGGAGAGGAAAGUAGCCCAGGCCCCUGUCAUCUCUUGAAAAGAUAAGGACCCAUCCAUCUUGCUCCUUCCCCCACCCGGGAGGGGGCGAGGGCCCUACCCUGGCCAAGCCACCUGGGCCCCCGGGCCACACCCCGCACCUGCUCUCAACGCCCGGCCACCAGCAGGCCUUGCGCAAGUGGGAGUGAGGCGCCCAUCCAUCUCUUUCGGCCUCCUCCUCCUCCUCCUCCUCCUCCUCCUCCUCCUCCGCCGGCCCUGACCCCUGAGCCGGGUUUCCUGGCCUCGUCCAGGGACAGCUUCUCCCAUGACGCGAUCGAGUCGUCGCUCCAGGCCUCAGGGCGAGAUAAAAGGACUGUGCUGACAGGGGACGGAGGGAGCAUCGGAAUGGCCUUCAGGGCACAGGCGCGAGGGUGGCGGGCCGGGCCCUGGCUGGCCUUGAGCAGGGCACCCACACUGGGCACCCGAGCCGCUCCGGCCCCCAGGGCGGUGCUGCCCUUCGAAGCCGUGCCCCGCUGUCCCGGCAACAAGUGGAUGCGGGUGCUGCAGAUCUGGAGGCAGCAGGGCUCUGAGAGCCUCCACCUGGAGAUGCACCGCACCUUCCAGGAGCUGGGGCCUAUUUUCAGGGCUCCCCGGACGGUGACCCGAGAGGCAGAGGGCAGACGGCCGAGGGCGGACGGCCGAGAGGGAGAGGCUUCCCCGGUUAGACGGCGUAGGAGCCCGAGCUCGAGCCCCGUCCACGGCCCAGGAGGACGGAGAGGCCAACGGGAGCCAGGCCAGUGGCUCUGCACGGGGAGCCCCAGGGAGGCCCCGGCCCCCCAGCAGGGCUCUGAGGUCUCUGUUCCUCAGGCCCAGGCACCGCGGGAAAUGAUGAUCCUCCUUGCUUUGCUCCUGCUCGUGGACCUGCUGAGGGUGGAGACAAAUGUCACCGUGUCAGGAACACAGGCACCCCGUGGUCCCCGCGGUGUCCCCUCACACUGUCUUCCUGGGAGCCAUCGGGGGAGCCAAGCCCACCUGGUCCUUCUGGGACCCUCCAGCGUUGUCUCGGAGGACUGGCACCGCCGCGAGAGGUUGACCGGCUCUCUCCUGGGAGUGGGCCUGCUGAGGUGUCAUGUUUGUGAGAAGGAGCAUAGUUUCAAAUGCCAGAAUCCAACAGAAUGUCCGGAGGGAAUACACUUGUGUGCCUCUAUUGCCCUGAGAAUGUUUGCCCGAUACUACUACGUGUCGAAGCAGUGUGUUCGUUAUUGCCCAAUGAGUUCAUCGAAUCCUGCCAAAGAAAGGUCAUUCGUUCUUCUGAAGCCCACACCGUUCCUCUACGUGAGAUGCUGCGUGAGGGCCUUGUGUAAUACUGACUCUCCAGAGCUCAAUGAGACCGAAGCAAAUUAUUACAGAGAAAGCAGGAGCGCAAGCAACGUGAGGAGCAGCAGUGCCUGGCUGGUGCCCCUCCUCAUGCUGUCCCCGGGGCUCGCGGGCCUCAGGUUGCCGUGACCCACAGAGCAUGGCUCGGGCCCACCUUCUGCAGGUGGCACAGAUGACGUGGACUCGCUGCUCAUGCUUGGAACCUGUGGCAUUAAACUUGUUUUCCGCCCACUGA